UUGGCCCCGCCUCACGGGGCGGGGCGGGGCGGGGCUUGGCGCGGUGGACGCGCGCCGCGGGCUGCGGUGGCUGAGGAGGCUGAGCGGCCGCUGGCGACCCGGGCAGUUCCAGUUACUAUGGCAAUGACAGCAGGGGCAACAACCACCUUUCCUAUGAGCAACCAUACCCGGGAAAGAGUGACUGUGGCCAAGCUCACACUGGAGAAUUUUUACAGCAACCUAAUUUUGCAGCAUGAAGAGAGAGAAACCAGGCAGAAGAAAUUAGAAGUGGCCAUGGAAGAGGAAGGAUUGGCAGAUGAGGAGAAAAAGUUACGCCGAUCACAACAUGCUCGUAAAGAAACAGAGUUCUUACGGCUCAAGAGGACCAGACUUGGCCUGGAUGACUUUGAGUCUCUGAAGGUUAUAGGGAGAGGAGCUUUCGGAGAGGUGCGGCUGGUCCAGAAGAAGGACACGGGGCACAUCUAUGCCAUGAAGAUCCUGAGGAAAGCUGACAUGCUAGAAAAGGAGCAGGUGGCUCAUAUCCGAGCAGAAAGAGACAUUUUGGUGGAAGCGGACGGUGCCUGGGUAGUGAAGAUGUUCUACAGUUUUCAGGACAAGCGGAAUCUCUACCUGAUCAUGGAGUUUCUUCCUGGAGGUGACAUGAUGACGUUGCUGAUGAAGAAGGACACCUUGACGGAAGAGGAGACACAGUUCUACAUCUCAGAGACGGUCUUGGCGAUCGACGCAAUCCACCAGCUGGGCUUCAUCCACCGGGACAUCAAGCCAGACAACCUUUUACUGGAUGCCAAGGGGCAUGUAAAAUUGUCUGAUUUUGGUUUGUGCACGGGGUUAAAGAAAGCGCACAGGACUGAGUUCUACAGAAACCUCUCGCACAACCCACCAAGUGACUUCUCGUUUCAGAACAUGAACUCGAAGCGGAAAGCGGAGACCUGGAAGAAGAACAGGAGACAGCUGGCAUACUCCACAGUCGGAACGCCAGACUACAUUGCUCCAGAGGUCUUCAUGCAAACUGGCUACAGCACACUGUGUGACUGGUGGUCCUUGGGGGUGAUCAUGUAUGAAAUGCUAAUAGGCUUCCCACCUUUCUGCUCUGAGACCCCUCAGGAGACAUACAGAAAAGUUAUGAGCUGGAAGGAGACACUGGCAUUUCCUCCAGAAGUGCCUGUCUCUGAGAAAGCCAAGGACUUGAUUCUCAGAUUUUGUACUGAUUCUGAGAACAGAAUUGGGAAUGGUGGUGUAGAAGAGAUCAAAGGUCACCCCUUCUUUGAGGGUGUAGACUGGGGGCAUAUCAGGGAAAGGCCGGCAGCCAUCCCUAUAGAAAUCAAGAGCAUUGACGACACCUCAAACUUUGAUGACUUCCCCGAGUCUGAUAUCUUACAGCCGGUUAACUUUUCUCUCCUUCUAGUGCCGAACACCACAGAGCCCGACUACAAAUCCAAAGACUGGGUUUUUCUCAAUUACACCUAUAAAAGGUUUGAAGGGCUGACUCAGCGCGGCUCCAUCCCCACGUACAUGAAAGCUGGGAAAUCAUGAAGGAUGGUCACAGUCACCCACAGCCAGAACUCAGGUAGCUGCAUCUCCAGGCUGGCUUGGCAUCAACACCAGACACUCCCAGGAUGCUGGUGCUCACCAGCCUGAGGAACUUCAACAGGCUUGGAUUCUGAGGCGACUACAGGAAUCGCUAGGCUUUUUUUUUUUUUUUUAAAUAUUAUUUGUAUUAACUUUAUUAUACAAAGGUACUGGAACAAAAGGAACGGAUAUUCCCUCCUAACUGCACUGCCUAUGUGCAUGUUGAGGUCCAUUCUGCUCGUUGUUCUGCGCUUCCAACUGCAACACUAAUCCAGCCAGAACUGCGUAGCACUGAGCGCCAUGGCAGCCUGCGGUUGGUCACUCUUGGUGUCCCUGCUUCUCUGCAAAGCUCGUGGGUCUUGAAUCAGUAAAAGCAUCUGUAGCUGCUGUAGAACAUUCGCCGUGUUGGUUUGGAUGCUGUGGGCUCUACGUGAAGACAGUUUCUGUAACGGUCCUAAGGAGAAGGACACUGACGUCAACAUGAGAAUUUCCCGUCAGGCUCUCACACAGACCCUGGGGUAGGAAAGGUGAUCUUCUGUCAGGGUGAGGACAUGUCUCACCUUCACUCCAGCAUCCUCCCAGGCUGACUGCUCUGAGUAGUGACGACUGUUUUGCACACGUAAGGAGAUGUACUACUGUACUUGAGCAAAUGUCAGUUACUUUUCUUGUGAUACAAGGACUUCUUUUUUAACAAGAGGACAGGCAUUAUUUUAACUGGGUGAUGGUGAGUUGAGUUUCAUAAAUGACCAUGAAAGCUGCUUGUAGACAUAGUGUAUUUUUAUUAAACUAUUUUUUUAAAUGUCAAA